AAGGUAUAGUCAUUCUCUUCACUGCCGGACUUCACAAUCCAAGCAUCACUGACAGUGAAUUGUGGAAAAAGAUGGCCUUAUUCACUAUGUUAAUUAUUUUAGCUUGUCUGCAUGUUGACAGUUUAAGGGGUGCUGUUGGUUCUACACAGAUAGACUGUGUACAUGGUAGCAGUAGAAAUCUAGGCAGGGUCGAUGAGGGAUAUGGAGGAGGAGUUCUAGAGACUAUCACUAAUAUCAGCCCGGAUGAUCGUCUAGUUCUGGAGCCAUAUCUCAGUGCUGUUGCUAUAAAAUAUUUGGAGCUGGUUUACACUGCUGGAAGCUCAACCGCUACUGUACGGAUCAUCAAACCACUGGAUGCUGACGAAAUAAUGAUGUAUGCAGAUGCUUUUUAUUAUUCAAUCACCUGCGUAGGAGGGGCAAAAAACAUCCGGACACUUAUUGUUAUGGAUAUAAAUGACAACCCUCCAGUCUUCCAGACCAAAUCAUACGGCAUCACAGUGUGGGAGAGGAUUGCUGUGGGUUCAACUGUGCUCACUGUGUCAGCUACUGAUAAUGAUGUAGCUGCACUAAACAAAAAAACUCUAUAUUCUAUUCUGCCUCCAGUACCAGACGAAUUUGAACUGAGUUAUGAUGGGCCAAUGAAUGAAUGUAACAUCAAGUUGACUAAACCUCUGAACUACAACAACGUUCAACAUUACAAAUUCAUCGUGAAAGCUAGAGAUGUAGGAGCACUCAGUGACACAAUGAUAGUUGCAAUAGCAGUUAAAGAUGAGGACAACCUAAACCCUUAUUUUGACCACUGUCUCUACAAGGCAUCCAUUGAGGAAAAUCAGGUAGGACACUUCUCAGACAUCACUCCUGAGGCCAUAAAAGCUCAAGAUGGCGACAAGGGCAUCAACACGUCUGUAGUUUACAGCAUAACGACAGUCAUUCCAAAUAAAUACCAGAACAACUUUGAAAUUGAUGUAAACAGUGGAGUCAUCUCUGUGACGAAGGCGCUAGACAGAGAGGAAACAGAGCAGAUUUCUGUUUUCAUACAGGCAGCUCAGCAGAAUGAUGCCAGGAAGACAGCUGAGACUACGGUACUCGUCACCAUUGUGGAUGUGAAUGACAUUCUGCAGAAAUUUGACCAGGGGGUCCAUUCUUCACACUUUGCUUAAUACAUCUGAGAAGAUUUGACAGAUGCCAGAUCUUUUAACUCUGAUAUCUGAUCUCUUAAAACCCUUAUUUUGUGUUUAAAUUCAUUGUGCAUCAUAAAAGCAUUUUGAGAUUUGAGAAGUGGGUCUGCAUCUCCUGCAAUGUAUUAAAGGCACCUGCAUAAAAACACACUGUUCAAAUCAAUGCAUGGCUGAGACAAACUAUGUAAUGUGCACAGCGAAAUCCCCGUUGUCAAAUUAACACUGCUGGCUGUCUAUAUGGGUCCAAACUACAGAGUGUUAAAAGUAACACUGAAGCGGUGUUGAAGUUAAUAAGAUAAUUAAGUUUUUAAUUAAGUGAUGAUUGAGCAUUAGUGAUGAACACCUGCUGUUAACAAGCAGAAUAACUGAAGAGAAACAACAACAACAACAACAGAAAAAAAGAGAAACACAACAACUACAACUGAGUUCCAAUCACAGGCUUAUAUGAAAUCAACUGAAAUAAAAGACAUUAAAUCUUAGCGGAGGAGGAUUAAACAACUCCACAAACCAGCUUCAAUCAUUACUAACCAGACUUGCUUGUGACUUGAGAGUCCCACCUUUGGUUGUAGUUCUUGUUUCUUUUUCAUUCAAUGAUUCUGCUUGUUAUCAACAUCGUUUCUUCAAAUAAUCAAACAAUCAUCACUUAAUUAACCACUUAAGUACCUAAUUAACUCUAACACUGCUUCGGUGUUACUUUUAACACCCUGCUGGUGGUUCUCAUAUGUACACAGAGCGAUGUUGAUUUAACGCCGGGGAAUUUACUGUGUUUACACACCUGGAGGUGUUCCAGAAAGCAGGUUAUGUGACAUACCUGGGUAUGUUUAAGAGUAAGCAAGCAGAUAAACUCAACUUUCGGUUCCAAAAACGGAGGUAACUGCUCCGGAGUAGGUUAUGUUUCAGUGUUAGCUUACUUCAGAGCUGCAUGCUCUACUGACGAGACUCCAGUGGAUGUGAGA